UACAAUAAUAAUUAUAAUUAUUUAUUUCUGAUUUCAACUUUUAAAUUUUACAUUUUUUCAAUGCAAUUGGUAACUAUGGAAAUAUGGCGGGGAUACUUACUAAUUGUAAUGUACACCGAAGUAAUUGUUUAAUUUCGAUUUUGGUUAUAGGACAAGCAGAAUUAUGUCAUAAAGUUUCUGAAGGAUUGCAUGAAAAUGCAAAAGAAAGAAAAUGGCAUAUCGUUGUACAUCAAUGUGAGCUUGUUGAUGAAGUUAUACGCUUGAAUUUAAAUCUUAGUAUAGAUUUUAUUAUUUUUGUUUUUGAUUGGAAAACUACACAUUCUUUGUCUGAAGUAGAAACAAAUAUUAGUCUUGUAGAUGAACAUUAUAUUAUUUCUGGAGCUGUAUGUCUUGUAAAUUGCAGAGGGAUUUCAAAUAGUAUGGGAUUAACUUCUCAUAAAUCAGCAAAAAUAAGAGAGAAAUAUAAUAUUCGAUUUUUGUCUGCUAAUGUUUUUAAGCCACAAAUUUGUGUUCAAUUAGGUAAUAGAAUAUUAAAUUUAAUAGAAGCUGUAUUGGGUAUAACAAGUGGAAUUCCUGUUAUUGGACGGACUAAUGAUAGAAUUUUAUAAAACUUGAAUUUAUAGUUUUAAUAUUGAAAUGAAGAAGACAAGCAGCAAAAAUCAAGCAUAUGCCUCUAGUCAAGAAGAUAGUGAAAAUGAUAGUGAUGAAACUGAAUGUAGUAUUGGUAGUAAUUCAACAGCUGGUACUCAUCGUAGUGACACACCUACCCGCAGUGCUCGUUACAGAAGAAAAGGACGACGUAGAAGUAAAACGGCAAAAUAUAAACCAUGUACAGAUAAACCUCUUUAUAAAUAUUGCUGCAGUAUUAAAGAAGACCAUGGACAGCCAUUGUUUGGAGUACAAUUUAACCAUCACUUAAAAGAAGGUGAACCAUUAAUAUUUGCUUCUGUGGGAAGCAAUCGAGUAAGCAUUUAUGAAUGUCCACAAGGAGGAAAUAUUAGAUUACGUCAGUGUUAUGCAGAUCCUGAUCCAGAGGAAAAUUUUUAUACUUGUACUUGGACUUAUGAUGAUUCUGGAAAACCUUUACUAGCAGUAGCUGGAUCACGUGGCGUUGUAAGAGUUAUAAGUCCUGUGACUAUGACUUGUAUCAAACAUUAUAUUGGUCAUGGUCAUGCAAUAAAUGAAUUAAAAAUUCAUCCUAAAGAUCCAAACAUAUUGCUUUCAGCAUCAAAAGAUCAUGCUCUUAGACUAUGGAAUAUAAAAACUGAUGUAUGUAUAGCAAUAUUUGGUGGUGUAGAAGGUCAUAGAGAUGAAGUAUUAAGUGCAGACUUUGAUAUGAAAGGAGAACGUAUUAUUUCAUGUGGUAUGGAUCAUGCUUUAAAAUUAUGGUCAUUAGAUAAAUCAGAUAUGCAAGAAGCAAUAAAACAAUCCUAUUAUUGUAAUCCUAGUCGUAAUGGAAGACCUUUUGAUUCAAUACUUCAACAUUUUCCGGAUUUUACUACACGUGAUGUUCAUCGUAAUUAUGUUGAUUGUGUUAAAUGGUAUGGUGAUUUCAUUUUAAGCAAAUCUUGUGAAAAUUGUAUUGUUUGUUGGAAACCAGGACGGCUAGAAGAUUCUCAAUUACGUAAUGGAGAAACAAGUGCAACAGUCUUACAUAGGUUCGAAUUUAAAGAAUGUGACAUAUGGUUUAUCAGAUUCUCAAUGGACUUUUGGCAACGUACAAUAGCAUUAGGAAAUCAAGUGGGUAGAACAUAUGUAUGGGAUUUAGAAGUUGAUGAACCUGGUCAAGCACGCUGUUACUCACUUCAGCAUCCUAGAUGUACUGCACCUAUACGUCAAACUAGUUUAAGCAGAGAUGGUUCAGUUUUAUUAUGUGUUUGUGAUGAUGCUACUGUAUGGAGAUGGAAUCGUGAACAUUAAUAUUUCCAUAAUACAGGGUGAUUCUUUCUCUAUUGUUCCCAAAAGCAAUGUCAUUAAUCAUACAUUUUCAUUUUUGUUACAUACAUAGAGUUUAUAUCACCCUGUACAUAAAGUGGUGCCUUUAUAUUUACAUAAUAUGCUGUAUUUUAAAUGCUUAUUACUGCCUUUAUAUAUACUAUAAAUAGUAAAUUAAAUUUAUAUUAGUGUUUUAUAACUAAUAAUUUUAUAAUUCUAUAAUAAUAAUUUUGAUUCAUAAGUAAUUUAUGAAAAAAUUAAAAUUCACAUAUUUAUAUAUUUUAUUACUAAUUAUAAUAUCCUUUUCAUAAAAAAAUAAGGAAUUAAUUUUUUAUAUAAAAAACAUAUGAAAAGAUUUAACAUAAUUAUUAUGUUAAAUCUUAUAGCACUUAUAGCAACUAUAAAAAAUAUGCAUAAGUCUAAUUUUUUCUACAUAAUAUUUUGUGCACUAGAAUGAUUAUUCCAUAAAAUAAAGUUAUUUUAUAUAUAUAUAUACAUAUAUAUAUAUAUUUUUUAUUUUAUAAUUAAACUUUAAUCUGAACCUAUUUUUCAAAACUAAUUUAUUAUAAUAAAAAAAAUUAAUUUUUUUUUAUAAAUUAAAAUAACUAAAAUGAUGAAUUAAUAAACAGAAAUAACAAUGAUAUAGAAUGAAGCAUUAAAAAAAUCCUUUCUUAUUUAAAAUGAUUUCUAAUUUUUUCUAUAAUUUUUUAUAAUUAAAUUAACUUUGUUCAUGUAAAAAUUUUAUAUAUUAAAAUUAAUUUUUUUUAAUUAUAAUUUUUGUAAUAUUUGUAGCAUAAUAUUUUUCAAUGAUUAAUUUAUCUCAUAAUUUUUAAAAAUAUAUAAAAUUACAAUUAUAAUUUCAUAUUUAUGAUUAGUUAAAAAAAAAAAUGAUGAAAAUUUGGAAAACUAAUUAUAUUUGAAGUUGUAUACUAUUUAUCUAUAAAUAAAAGUCAAUAAGUAUUUUAUAUAAAAUACAUAACCAUUAAAAAAUUAGAUAUUUAUACAUUUCAAAUAUCAUCUUAUUCAAUAAAUAAUGUAAAUUAAUAUGAUUUAAUUAUAAACAUAAGAAAUAUUGUAGAUAGAAAAUUUUGACUUUAUGAAUAAUUAUUUAAUAAUGAAUUAACAA